CUUUUUUGGUGAGGUAUUUUUAUACUACAUAGGUAGAGAUUUAUUUACCCUGUCGUGUACUGGCGUUUCUGAGGAGUGGUACAGUCUUGUUGCAUUCCAAGCGUUUCUCCUCAAACUUUUUCAAGUGGCUUCACCCGCCUCUUUCAUGUCGGUACUUUUUCGAUUCUAAAUUAUAUUAUAUUUAAAAGAAAUUAAAUUAUAAGUGUUCCUUCAACAUGGCUUCGUCUGAUGUUGCUCGACAAGGGGAAAGAAAUGCUCGUCCUUUAUCUCUGUCUGGUCACGUUGGCUUUGACAGCUUACCCGAUCAGCUGGUCAAUAAAUCCACCAGCCAAGGCUUCUGCUUCAACAUCCUCUGCAUAGGUGAGACGGGUAUCGGGAAGUCCACUUUGAUGGACACGCUGUUCAACACCAACUUUGAGAACUUCGAGUCAUCUCACUUUGAGCCGCGCGUCAAGCUACGCGCCCAGACGUAUGACCUUCAGGAGAGCAACGUGCGUCUCAAGCUCACCAUCGUCAACACGGUGGGGUUUGGAGACCAGAUGAACAAACAAGAUAGCUACCAACACGUGGUGGAUUACAUCGACACGCAGUUCGAGUCCUACCUGCAAGAAGAGCUGAAGAUCAAGCGCUCGCUGCACAACUAUCAUGACUCGCGCAUCCACGCCUGCCUGUACUUCAUCGCCCCGUCCGGACACUCGCUGAAAUCCCUUGACCUUGUCACCAUGAAGAAACUGGACAGCAAGGUGAACAUAAUCCCGGUCAUCGCGAAGGCGGACACCAUCUCUAAGAGCGAGCUGCACAAGUUUAAGAUUAAGAUCAUGAGCGAGCUGGUGAGCAACGGAGUACAGAUCUAUCAGUUCCCCACCGACGACGAGACCGUCUCCAAGAUCAACAGCGCCAUGAACGGCCACCUGCCAUUUGCCGUGGUGGGAAGCACAGAGGAGGUGAAGAUUGGGAAUAAGAUGGUGAAAGCACGACAGUACCCCUGGGGUGUGGUGCAAGUGGAGAACGAGAACCACUGUGAUUUUGUGAAGCUGCGGGAGAUGCUGAUCUGCGUGAACAUGGAGGACCUGCGGGAGCAGACACACACACGCCACUACGAGCUCUACAGACGCUGCAAACUGGAGGAGAUGGGCUUUAAGGACACAGAUGCUGACAGCAAACCCGUCAGCUUGCAGGAGACGUACGAGGCGAAGCGUCAGGAGUUCCUGCUGGAGCUGCAGCGGAGAGAGGAGGAGAUGAGGCAGAUGUUUGUCCUGCGUGUUAAAGAGAAGGAGACGGAGCUGAAGGAGGCUGAGAGAGAGCUCCAGGGAAAAUUCGAGCAGCUGAAGCGUAUGCACGCUGACGAGAAGAGCAAGCUGGAUGAUAAGAGGAAGGCUCUGGAGGACGAGAUGAACUCCUUCAGUAAGAAGAAAGCCGCGGCUGAGCUCCUGCAGGGCCAGUCGUUCAGCUCCAACUCCAACCUCAAGAAGGACAAAGACCGCAAGAACUCUGGGUUCAUGUAAACAAGCUGCAUUGAAGACUGGAUCCAUUCCACUCUGAACAGAUGUUUCCACCCAUCCUGGAGAAGAAAAAGACUAUUAUCCAGCUAGUUUGUAAUUCUUUAAUGUUUUUUAUUAUUCGAUUAUAUCAGCAGGACUGCUGUGUGUAUCAUUUGUAUAACUGAAUUUUUUUUUAUAUAUAUCUUUCACGCGAUGUUUUAAUAUAGGGUUGAGGAUGGCCAUUAGGGGGCGACGAGACUAAGUUUUGUGGGGAUCAAAGUGCCUUUAGAAAUGUUGUGCCUUACUUGCUGGCUCUAAAACGGGCAUCAAUUUAACAGCAUUUAUCAGUUUAUUAGGAAAUCAGAUUCAUGCAAAAUUGUACAGUUUAAUGUAAGUUCAGAAACGGUAAACCUUUCGGAGAAAACGUUUUUUUUGUGUGUGUAUCAUGUUAUUGUUUAUAUCGAUGUCGCAGACUAAUCGGAAACUGAUGCAAUUUUUUCCUAAAGGUCAAACGAGACGCUCUACAAGUUUACCCAAGAAAGGUUUAAGAAUGUGGAGUUGACUCUAGGUUCAGUCCCCAUCUUGUUCAUAUAAUAUUGUUUAGUGAAAGAUCUUUGCCAAAAACUGAUUCUGGAUCAGCACAGUGAUUCUCCUGGUUUCACAAGAUCACAAAACCCUAUGUCCUCUGUUUGCUUUAACACUAAAAUCAUUUAUGUAUUAUUUUUAUUAUUAUUUUUGAUUUGAAGUGUAUUUAUCUAAGUUGUGCAUGAAUAAAGUUUGAAUGGAAAUAUUGCUCUCAUGAUUUUGUUCUCUGGC